UCAAUAAGAAUCUCUAUGUUCACAAAGAUUUUCUGUGGUGGUUUGUGCAGCUCAGCAUCAAUUACUGGGUUGAACAACGAGUAUCAGAUCACAAGAGGAAAGGAACUAAACCGUAUUGUAGGAGUGGACAAGACCUGCAACUUUGUUAAGGCUGACUUCAUGAAACUACCUUUCCCUGAUAAUUCAUUUGAUGCGGUAUAUGCAAUUGAAGCGACAUGCCAUGCACCAGAUGCAUAUGGGUGCUACAAGGAGAUUUACAGAGUAUUAAGACCCGGUCAUGCAUAUGAGUGGUGCAUGACUGAUGCAUUUGAUCCCGAUAACCAAGAACAUCAAAAAAUCAAGGCAGAAAUUGAGAUUGGUGAUGGCCUACCGGACAUCAGAUUGACAGGAAAGUGUCUUGAAGCUUUGAAACAAGCAGGUUUUGAGGUCAUAUGGGAGAAAGAUCUUGCGGUGGAUUCACCUCUUCCAUGGUACCUGCCUUUGGACAAAAGUCGGAUUUCACUGAGUAGCUUUCGUCUAACUGCUGCUGGGCGAUUUGUUACCAGAAACUUGGUCAAGGUUUUAGAAUAUACUGGACUUGCACCAGCAGGAAGCCAAAGAGUUCAAGAUUUUCUGGAGAAAGCAGCUGUAGGGCUAGUCGAAGGGGAAAAGAAAGAGAUUUUCACACCGAUGUAUUUCUUCCUGGCUCGAAAUCUGCUUACGGAGGAGAGUCGGUAGAUUGGU